AAGGGGUUUACUGCGUAGUAUUUGUAAUGGAUGCAUGUAUGAUUGGUCAAGACAACCAUUUCAUUGGGGACAAUAAAGGUAGUGAAUGAACUGCAAGAUGAACUGAUGAAUAUAGGUGUUCCUGUAAUGGUGUUACUAACAAAGAUUGACAAGCUUUGUGAGAGAAUUGAUACUGACAUAACUUUUUGUUACAAAAGUGAAGCUCUUAUGAAGGCUGUAUAUAAAGCUGCGCAGCUGUUUAAAGUUCCGGAAUCCUACGUUUUUCCAGUACAGAAUUACACGGAAUGUGAAAUGAACCCGAAGAUAGACAUAUUAACUUUGCUAGCUCUCCAGCAUAUGAUAUACAUUGGAACGGAUUUUCUUCAUUCCAUCGAACUUUCCGAUGAUAAGGAUGAGAAUAAGGACAAUUUGCCGAAAACUGCAGAGGCAGAGACUCAAGAUCUUGUAGAUUUUAUUAACUUUAACGAAUUCAAAGGGAUCUUUUUAUAAAUUUUAUAUAUUGUCUUUUGAAUCUCCAGAAGAGGUACUUAUGGUGUCUAGUAACAGAAGUAGUGUUUCAGUACCGUAUUAUUGCCAUGACAUGUCUCUAAUAUGAAUUAGAGAAAAAAAAUAACACCGAAUAUAUCUAUAUGACAAAGUUUAAAGUUUAUGAACCUUGUAAUAAACUAUGGUUAUUGUCAUGUCUAAAUU